AUGAAUAAAAUAAAAGUGUUUAAAAAAAACUUUUUUUUUGAAAAGAUAAAAAAUAAGAAAAAUAAUAUAGAAAUUAAAAAAUCAACAAAUGAUUCAACCUCUAAUACUUGUACUGAUAUAAAAAAUAAUAUAAUAAUUGAGAAUAAAAUAAAUGAAGAAAAUAUAGAAAAUAAUAAUAAUAUUAAUAUUGGUAAUAAUAGUGUAAAUAAUAAUAAUAUUAAUAAUAAUAAUAAUUCAAUAAAUAAUAAUAAUAAUAAUAAUAAUAAAAAUAAAAAUAAAAAUAAUAAUUCAUAUAUUCCAAUGAUUCAAUAUUCAAAUAUACAUUGUAUUGACUGGUCAUCAUUAAUUAGUGUUGAUAAACUUGAUUUAGGUAGUUCAAAUAUAUUUUUAAUUGCAACAUUUUUAAAUAAUAAAUGUGAGUACAAUCAAGUUUUAUUAAAAUCAUCAACAACUAUUGUUCAAGAAGUUUAUGCAUCUGUUUUAGAAAGUAUCUUAAAAUUACCAAUACCCGAAAUGAGAUUAUUAGAAUACUCAAAUGAUGAAUAUAUUCAAAUGUCAAGAUCACUUUUAACAAUAUCUUCAAAAACUAAUAAAAGUUUAUAUGAUUAUAUUAAAUUGGAAUUAUUAAAAUCAUUUUUUUUAAUUAUGGAAUAUGCACCAAAUGGUAAAUCAUUUAAAGAUUUAGAUUAUAAAGAAUACUUUUCAGGGUAUGGUGGUGAAAAGAAAUUGAAUCAGUUGGGUCAAGUUAUUGCAUUUGAUAUAUUUUGUAAUAAUAGUGAUAGAUUGCCAUUGAUUUGGGAUAAUGUUAGUAGUCAUUUUUCAAAUAUACUAUUCUAUGAUAUACCAAAUAGGAAUGGGUGGUAUAUUUCUUUAAUGAAUUCAAAUGUAACAUGUAUAAAUAAUAGUAGUUUCACAAUUGGCUAUAGGAAAUAUAUUACUCGAGUAAAGUCUAUAUUGUAUGCACUUUUUAAAAGACCAAAUAUCGAAUCAAAUCAAAUUAAAAAGAUGAGAGAAAGUAUAUCAAAAUCUUAUAAAAUUAAUCUAUCCUCCUCUUGUGGUAUCUCAAUACAACGUGGUAUAAUUCAAGGUGUACAAUUAAUAAUUAGUCGAAUCUCUAUCUCAAUAUUAUCCGAUACCAAAGAGAAACUUAGACAUUUAGUUAAAGUCGAUAGUACUACAAAUGCUUGGAAAAAGGGUUUAGAUUCAAUUCAUCUUCCUUUUUUAUCUGAUUUGCUAGAUACUAUGGUGUUAUUUUAUUAA